AUGGACUCCACCCCGCCUUUACAGCCUUCGGAAACCGUAGCCCAGUCGCCGGCAGCAUCGCGAUCCUUUUCCGUCCGCUCCUUCAUCAGACGAGACACCGCCGAAAGUGAAAAUGACCAACCCAAGGGUCCACUUGGACUGACCACCCUCCACAAUCCCGGAAGCUCGUCCGUCUCCGACAUAGUCUUUGUCCAUGGAUUGAACGGAGGCUCACAGAGCACUUGGUGUCGUGGCCGUGACGAUGCCCUCUUCUGGCCAAAGAAGUGGCUGCCCAAGGAUGAGUCCUUUCGCGAUGCUCGCAUACAUACGUUCGGGUAUGCUUCGGGACUGGGUCGAGAGUCGAUUCUGAAUGUUAACGACUUCGCGACUUCGCUCCUUUCUGCUAUCCAGGACGCGCCAAGCAUUCCGAGUGGCGCAAAGACGCCUAUAGUGCUUGUGGGCCAUAGUAUGGGAGGACUGGUGAUUAAAAAGGCCUACUCACUUGGGAGGCAGACACCCCCGUUUGAGUCCGUUGCCAGCCGGAUAUGUGCAUUGUUCUUCUUGGCCACACCACAUCAAGGAGCCGACCUCGCUAACAGUCUGGAUCGCAUAUUGGCCCUCAUCCCUGGCUCACGUCCAUUUGUCAAAGACAUCAUGCCACAUUCUCCAGUUCUCCAGGCAAUCAACGAAGAAUUCCCACGCUACUGUGGCAAUCUACAACUCUUCUCCUUCUUUGAGACGAAGCCGAUGCUUUACGGGAUAGGUAACGGUCUCAUUGUCGAGAAGCAUUGCGCUGUAAUGAACCUUCCCAAUGAGAGGAGAAAUUAUCUGAACGCAAACCACCGCAACGUCGCCCGUUUCACGUCCCCGGAGGACCCAUGCUAUCUGACAGUCAGGAACACGAUAGCCACUUUGAUUGGGAGUUUGCGGCGGAAGGGUACCAAAGCUAGCCAGGAGAUUGGCCAAGAUCGAAUCAUUGCCCUGAGGAAGCUUCUUCGCGUGGUAGAAAAUCCGGAAGAUGAUAUCCACAUGCUCGAUACACGCCGCCUUCAGGGAGCAGGCGACUGGCUGCUACAGAAACAACCAUUCGUUGAGUGGCGCGAUGCUUACUCUUCCGAACUCCUGUGGCUCCGUGGUCGGCCUGGCGCAGGGAAGUCCUUUCUUGCCGGUAACGUCGUGAACCACCUCCGAGGACUUGGCCAUGACGUUUCUUGGUUCUUCUUCUCAUCCAGCAAUGAAACAAAGUCUAACCCAAGUGCUUUCUUGAGGAGUAUGGCCUACCAGAUGGCAGUUAUUCACCCCGAGGUGCUUGCUACCAUUACAGGAACUUUUGACCGAGAGGACUCGGCCAUUGACCAGAUCGAUCACCACGCUAUAUGGCGCCAAAUAUUUCUCUCCGGCGUGCUCAAGACAAAGCUGGAUCGGCCUCAGCAUUGGGUUAUUGACGCCAUGGACGAGUGCAAGGCCAGCUCGGAUCUGGUUAAUUUUCUGACGAAGGCGCAAGAGUUCUGGCCUCUCUGCAUCUUUGUCACCUCCAGAUAUCCAUUUGAACCUCCCAUCAACAAAGCCAUUGCGGAUUCCAAGGUUGUAUCGCUCUCAAUAUCAGAUGAAGACAGUAACAAGGAUAUCGACCUCUUUCUGAAUACCAACAUGGAUUUACUUCCCGCCGCUACCCUGGAGGCAAGGCAGAAAAUGGCGGACCGUAUUCUGGAGAACUCUAGUGGUUGUUUCUUAUGGGCUAACCUCAUGUUGGCAGAACUGCGCCAAGUGCAGACGGCGAGUGAAAUCCAGACGGUCUUUGCCAGCAACCCCCACGACAUGGACCACCUCUACCUUAAGAUCCUAGAGAACAUGUCGAGAGCCAAGUAUGGCAAGGACCCGGCGAAGGCGAUUUUGGCUUGGGCAACCUGCUCUUUCCGUCCCCUCACCACGGACGAGCUGCAUGCAGCUGUUCAGAUGGACGUCAAUGAUACAAUCAGCGACAUCGAAAAAUCCAUCACCGCAUCCUGUGGCAAUCUGGUGUAUGUCGACCGUCGACAAAGACUUCAGUUAGUUCACUUAACGGCCAAAGAAUUCCUGACGAGGAAGAACCUAAAGUCAGAAUUCGCCAUCGAUAGACGCUAUAGCCACACACGUUUGGCCAUUGUGUGCUUGAACGCUCUCACCAAGGACCAGCCAAAAGGUCGAGCAAAGAUCCGACGUUCGUUCCUCGGAAAGGACUCAAAGUCAACACGGACCCCAUUUUCUGCCUAUGCCUCUGACUUUGUCUUUCAGCAUCUCUUCCAGGCCAAGUCCUCCAAUGACGAGAUCUUGGAGCUUGUCGCUCGGUUUUUCGGUUCCACAAGUAUUCUGGACUGGAUAGAAUACAUCGCCACACGUUCCGAACUUCACAAGGUCUAUCAUGCCGGGAGAAGCCUCCUCAAAUUCCUAGGUCGCCGAGCACAACACAUUGCACCUCUGAGUCAUGAUCGAGAAAUACAGAUGCUUGAAAGAUGGGGCAAUGAUCUGGUGCAUCUCGUUCCAAAAUUUUCACGACGGAUGAUAGUCUCCCCUGCUUCUAUUCAUCAUUUGAUCCCGCCGUUCUGCCCACACUCGUCCAUUAUAUACCAGCAAUUUCACACUCCAAGCCGUGGCCUGAAUGUCCAGGGACUCGCCGCGACCGGAUGGGACGAUUGCCUCAGCACCAUGCAUUACCCAAAGGGAGCAUCGCCGUUCAGUGCGGCUGCCGGUCUCGGAUUCUUCGCUAUAGGCUUUGCAAAGGGCAGAAUCAUGCUCUAUGACGACACCAUCUUCCAAGAAGUUCUGGUUCUCGAACAAAAGGGGCCCGUGUGGUGCUUAAGAUUCGGAGACAGCAAGCGACUUCUGGCGUCCGCUGGGCCCAAGAUCGUCAGCAUAUGGGAUCUAGAUACUGGGACGGAAGUGAACAGGAUUGAAGUCGGGUCACUGGUCAUGAGCAUGGCUUUCACGUCAUCCGAUGGUCUUCUUGUGAUAGCAACUAAGAGCAAUCAGCUAAUGUAUUACAACCUGGAGGAAGACUGCCUGCAGGACGAACCGACCGACUGGACGAGGGAGUUUGUCGAAGAGGGUCUCGAACUCCAUGCCCGGCAACCGAUAAUGGCUGUAAUGAGGCCCGAGCAGAAACUUCUUGCCAUCGUCUAUCGCGGGGAGGACCUUAUCUUAUGGGACAUUGAGGAGGAUAUGCUGCACGAUGUAUACGAGAAGGAGACGGGAUCUCGGGAGAAUGGGCCUUCAAAGAUUGCCGAUGGAUCUACGAGUGUGGGGGCUAUAGCUUUCAGCAAAGCUGCCGACACGUCCUGGGUGGCCGUCACAUACAUUGAUGGUGACCUCGUUGUCUACGAGACCUUCAGUGGUACGGUAGUGGAGAUUUCGCGUGCUCAGAACGCCAUGACCCUGUGUUCCUCCCCGGACGGCCGCACUCUCGCCGGCGGUGAUACAAUGGGUUUCAUCACACUAUACGAUUUCGAGACUCUUCGCGCCUUAUACCGCAUCUCGUUCCAAAGCAGUUUCAUCAGGGCAAAGAUCCUGUCUUUCACGCAAGAUGGGCAGCGCCUCAUCGACGUGCGAGCGCCGCAGUGCCGAGUUUGGCAACCGACGGUGCUCCUCCGCCAGGAUGGCAUGGACGAAGAUAUCAGUGACACUGUUUCAUACUCUUCGGGGAUCCAGGAAGUCGACUAUUGCCCCCUCGAUGCAAUCGGUAUCAGCUCUAUACUUUGCGUGAAGCCUCGAGGCGCUAGCGGAUCAUUUGUGCUUUGUGGCAAGGAAGAUGGCUCAGUCCACGUCUAUAAUAUUUCGGCAGCGCCCCAGAGCCAACAGCUCUUUACACAAGUUCCGAACUGUGCCAUCGCAGACAUACACUUUGACGACGAGACCGGGACACUGACGUGUGGCGAUUUAGUCGGCAGGGCCACAAGCCGGAGGAUAACAAGGCACUUCAGGUCCCAAUGGGAGAUUGCAGAGCCCGACAUUGAUGUCAAGCUCGCCUCUACGAUAGUUCAAGUCCUUGGAUCUGGAAAGCACUCUCGGCUUCUAAUCUCGACAGAAAAUCAGGACGCUAUCUGGGGAAGGGGUGUGGAUGGUCUCCUGGCUAGUUUGGCAGGGGGCCGAAAGCGCCAUUGGGUCGCGCACGGCGCCAACAAUGACUGUCUCAUCCGCUGGACAGACUCAGGGGUGGAACUGCGCGACUGGUCGCUCUUGAGUCUGCUUGGAACAGUCGAUCUACCGGGAAUCACCAAUAGCCCAUGGCCUCUGUUUGAAGAGGUGAUAUCACUGAACGACUCAAGAUACUUUGCGACGCAAACAAGAGCUCAAGCAACGGACAACAAAGCUACUACAUUCCGGUCUUCCAAUAUCCAUGUAUGGGAUCACAAGGACUUCAGCCCAUCCGGCCCUACAACUGCGAGUCCCGUCUGCUCCCUGAAAUCGCUCACACUCAGCAUGGAAGUUAUCGUCGGCGUCUACGGCGACCGCUUGGUGUACCUCGAUGCAUCUUUCUGGAUCUGUUCGAUGGACAUCACUGACCCCUCGGAGCCUCCGGUGCGCCAUUUCUUUGUUCCGAACGACUGGCUGAGCCUUGUGAACUGCUUCGUCCUAGACAUAGGCAAGGCUGGCGAAAUUAUGUACGUCAAGCAGUCUGAGCUGGCAGUUAUCAAGCGUGGACUCGAGGUGACAGAGAGCGGCACAUCUUUCAACCCACGAAGCAAAAGCUGCGGUUUGUCUCCAGCUCCAGGGCACAGCCUGCCGACAAGGACGACCCCCUCGGCUCUCCGAUGCAAGUCAGUGCGGACUGUUACCUAG